AUGAUGCUACAAUCCUCCCACGACCCGGAUGAGACCGUCUGGUAUUUCGGUUACGGCUCCAACAUCAGGUCAGCGUCCAUGAAGAAGCGGAAGAUCACUCCACUGCAAUCCCAAGCUGUCGUUCUACCGUCGUACAUGCUGACAUUCGACAUAUUCGGAAUCCCGUGUGCGGAGCCUGCCUUUGCCAGUAUAGCAAAGUUCUCUGACCUCGGAUAUGAUGACAAUGCUGCUGCCAGGUGGAAGAAAACAAUACCACCGCCUGUCCAUGGAGUGGCUUACUUGUUGACAAAGGAGGACUAUCGUCUCCUGGUUCUGAGCGAAGGAUCUGGAGUCGGCUACGACGAGAUUCAAGUCGAAGCAUUUCCAGUCUCUGCUGCCGAACAUCACCCGCCAGGAACAAAGGGGAUAUUGGUCCGCACACUAAAGGCCAAAUACCCAUUCAGGCCUAAUCGAGCUCCUAGCCUGCGAUACAUGUCGCUUCUGAUAGACGGCGCCACAGAGAACCGGCUUCCGGAUUCCUAUGUCCAAUACCUCGAGAACUUGCCGACAUUCUCGCCCCAGCACAACAGCAAAUGGUCCAGUCUAGGGUCCUCACUCUUCUUGGGCUUCUUUGCGCGGGCCGUCGGAGUCUUGGCAUUUUCGACCAAAGUGUUUGUGGACAAGAAAGGCCACUGUCCUCAACUUCUCGGCAAAGUCAUUGUCUGGUUUUACUGGGGCAUGUGGACCUGGCAUGAUUAUUUCCAUGCAAAGCUCUGGGGUAGGGAAGAUGGGGGUAUCAUCCACUACGGUUAUGGAACGACAUGA